AAUGUAUUAAAUAGUUAUAUUAAAAACUCAUGGGUUUGACACAAAUACGUCAUACAUAAACUGAUCAUAUAGGUCAUUGAUGUUUCAUGUUGGACGUAUCAAUAAAUAUAUUUCUAUUUGAAAUAGCAAUUUGAUUAUUUUUGUGGGAGAAAUAUCAACAAAAUGAGUUCUAAAAAAAUCGAAUCUAAAACUAAACAAACCGAAACGGAUCCGUAUAACCCUGAUAUUGAUGUCAAUGAGCACAGAGCUUUGAUCCCUCCAAGCAUGUAUGGACUCGGCAGCCUUAUAAAAGUGUGGACGGAAUCUAAGAUAGCAUCUGUAACUAAACACUCUCUUUCAGCCCAAAAUGAAUUGAGGCGUAGAAGUAUCGGUUUACCUGUUAAAGACGAAUAUCAGAACAGGCAAGAAGAAGACAUGUUUGGAGAAGAGUUUCCUAAAAACGUAACACCUCUCAUGAACGAAGAUAAUUUGUGGGGAGCCUUUUACCUUUUCCCGGAGAUCUAUGGUGACGUGUAUUCACCGAUAGUUCACGUACGUUCUGUAGAGGAUGUGCCGGAACUGGUCGGUGGUGUCCUCACUAAAGACAUGAUUUCAGCUUGCCUCUCAUACUUAAGACGCAUACCUAUUCUUAGUGACUACGCUUUUAUCAAAUUAGAUCUUUCAGGGAAGCACCUGAUGAAUAUCGACGUAUUGCAGCACUACAAAUACUUGGUUUAUCUGGACCUCUCCUCAAACUUACUUUCACAAAUAACUGUUCUAUCACACCUGCCUUAUUUACAAUUUCUAGCAGUAGCGUUUAACAGGCUGGGCACAGUUUUGGACUAUGACCCUCCUCAAUGGUUUCUCACAGAAGUACACUAUAAAUAUAACUCAGUGAAAAGAAUUAAGGACUUGACCGCAUUUUGGUCGAUCACAAUUCUAGAUUUGUCGCAUAAUAACAUCAAAUGUAUAAGUGGUCUCGAGAAUCUUAGAUACCUUCGGCGGCUAGACUUGUCUUUCAACCACAUCCAACGUCUUGAAAAUUUGAACAACUUGCGACUGCUAUGGCUAGAUUUAUCCUACAAUAACAUAUCAAGCUUUGAAUUUGGCGCCGACACUGGACUAUGGACUCUUUUUCAUCUCGAAUUUCUCAAUUUGAACGAAAAUAACUUAACUUCAAUGAAAAUCUUCUCGUAUUGUUCUAGGCUGCGGGAACUGCAUGCCCGAAACAAUCGGCUAAGUAUGCUGCUAGAGCUAGCGGUGUACAUGCGGCAAAUGCGAAGGUUGAUUGUGCUUGACCUUCGAGCAAACCCCAUCUGCUCAAGCCCAGGGUACAAAGAAGUCGUCGUCAACACAUUCUCGAUGCUGCUCAGCUUGGAUGACGCUGAACUCAAUCCUCUAAAACAGCGUUCUCUGAUAAUGGAUGUGAAGCCUGAGAUCGGGACGCAUGCUUCCCGUCGCUUGCUGCGGCUUCUCUACAUCGAGCAACUUUCCAAGUCUCUGGUUUCGCCCUUCGUCCCACCCGCCGAUAGUUUAGACGUGCCUUUAGUUAUCCUGGUGGGCCACGAAGGUGUCGGCAAAGGUUCCUUAGUUCGUCGUCUCGUGAGUGAGUGUAGCGCAAACAUCGAGAGAGCGUACCUCCACACGACAGCCUCGUACCACUUCUUUGAUCAUUACAAAGAAACGACGCGGGAAAAAUUUGAUGACAUGCUGCUCGCUGGGGACUUCCUAACGUACACCGAAAUGGACGGGGAAUCAUACGGACUAAGUCGCGAGGAAGCCUUUGUUACAGGGGGUAAAGUAAAAAUCGUGAGCAUGGAUUUGGUCGGAGCUUUGAUGUUGCGUUUACGUGGUUACCGACCAUAUUUGAUUCUGGCUACUUGUCUCGACAGGAGAACUCUCACUAAGACACAAGAGCUGCGCAAAAUGUAUCGUAAUUCAUCGCGUGAGCGGAUGGGUCAAGAAACGCCAUUCGAGCGCACCACGUUGCAAGUGCUUCUCUCUGGACGAAUCAUAAUUACGGGCAUAAUUAAUGAAAUCAUUAUGGGUUUAAAAGAUGAUAAAGAGCAAAGCGAAUUUGUCAUAGAGUCCGAAUGUUCGCUGAUGAUGGACAGCGAUGCGCGCGGGAAGGAUCAUCCCAGAGGCAUCGACAUACUAGCACUUUUAAGCUCAGACGGCACAUCCCUAGAUGACACGUUUAAGCAUGGAGAUGAAGAAAGGAGUUUAUAUUCAUUAUUCAAGGAAUCUCAGGGAACUGAUGAAUACACAAGUUACAUUAAUAGCCAGAAUCAGGCUGGCUCUUAUCAAGAACGCGCGAAAAAAGUCGGCGAGGUUCGUCAUUCAAGAUCGAAGCAGGAUAAACGUUCCAGCAUUUUCAAUAAUGGCCGAGGAUUUGUAGCUCCUGAUAGCUCUAAAUCUUCCAAGUCUGUUACUUUCACGUCACAAGACGCCGAAAAUGGGCUCACAGAUCCCACAGGAAUGAUGAUAGAACCGGAGUAUAAAGAAGAGACCGCUAAAACGCCUCGGUCGCUCAGUAACAAGUUACCGUGGGCCGUAGGUGCCUCACAUGGCUCUCGUGUCUCCGUGGAAUCCGACCUGUGGCUCGCAUUCCUGACAGAAACUGGAUACUUGCAAGCUAGCAAUCUAAACAAUAACUCAGUGGAUAGUGUUAACCACCAGGCGGAUACUGGCGGCCGAAAACAUGAUGACGACUCUUUGAUGCACCACAUAGUAACAAAGUUCCCGCCAGACACGGCUACUGCAAACAAAAGGGAUGCCUAUGAAAGUAUUCAUCGAAAACGACCUGGACUAUUUUAUGAUUCAGUUAUGAUGGAUAAUGCUGACGAAGCAUUUGCCAAAAUGCGCGGAAUAAUCAAGAAUAUCGUAAAGUCACAAAGUACUUUAAAACCUAUGUUUGACAUUGAUUUUCCGAAUUUGGAAGACUAUCCUACUGUUCAGAAAAAACUUAAUUCAAUUCGCAACCAAAUUGCACCUCAGCAACUGUUUUACUAAUAUUUAAAAUAAAGA